AUGAGUUUAUCACAGCAAGGGUCGGGUAAGAUCCCUACUUCAAAAACAUUACGAGACGAAGGGCCAAAGAAUGAUCAUGAUGAUGACCGUCCCUAUAAAAAAAUCUGUAGAACCUCCUCAUCUUUUGUAACAAGUCUCCCUGGUGACUGUCUAAAUCUUAUAUUUAAGUGCCUAGAAACUAAAGAUGAUCGUAAUUCUUUCGGAUUAACUUGUCAUGAAUGGCUUCGUAUUCAGAACAACAAUCAUGAAUCCUUGUGGUAUCGUAAUAAUUAUGAUCCAGCAGGUAAUUAUCCAAAAAUUAGUCCCGAAAGCCUUGCCAUAAUUACUUGUAGGCUGUUGAUUCGAUUCCAACACCUCAAAAAAUUGUCUCUAAGUAGGUUGCCUAGGAUAACAGAUUUUGUUACACCACAGUCACAGUCCUUUGGCUCCAAUGUUCAAUCUCUAAGUUUAGAUAAUUGCUCCGACUAUUGCCCUGACUAUUCAGAUAAGCAGUUAUCUUUGAUAUUUUCUUGGUUUCCUCGUUUGACCUACAUAAGUUUGGAUUCUUCUGAUAUUGCUGAUAAAGGUUUAGAUGCCCUGGCAAAAUGUUGUUCAUCCUUGAAAACGGUUGACCUCCAAUGGUGCUGCUCGAUUACUGAUUCAGGAUUAAGUUGUCUUUUACAAAAAUGUCGAGAAUUACGUUCACUUUCUAUCAUAGCUUGCAGCAAUAUAACUGGCGUUGGCUUUCUAGGGUGUGCACGAACUUUAACCCAUCUUGAAGCAGGUGGGUGCAAACUUAAACCAGAGGGGAUUAGAGCUAUUGUUAGUGGCGGUGGACUUGAAUAUCUAGAUCUCAAGACACCUGAUUGGUUGGCUGAGGUUGAUCAAGAAGGAUGCAUUAUUAAUACCGAAGCAGUUAUAGUGAUUUCAAAAGGUUGCCCUUUAUUAGAGGAAUUGUUCCUAUCAAAUUGUGAGGAGGUAGAGCUACAAGGAUGGGAAGCUAUUGGUUUGAAUUGCAAAGAAUUGGAAUCACUUUUCGUAAUGGGGUGCCAAAAGUUAUGUGAUAUGGGGUUGCAAGCUAUUUGGGAUGGGUGUGAUAAGCUUUCCGAAUUAUACAUAGAUAGAGAAAAACAUAGUUGUAGCAGCUCCGCUCUUGAACUUUUCGAGCACAAAAAGCCUGGAUGGAUGUGUUUAUGGCCAUAG